AUCCAGCUGAGUACUCCCAGUCCCAGGUUUCAGAUCCACCCCCGUACCCAACCUCAGGGUCUCUGAGCCCCUCAGCCCCUCCUCUGAUAAGUCCACCCCAUACUCGAGCAGGUGCUCCUUAUGGCCCUUCUAAUUCCAGUUUGACCCCAGAUUCCACUGUGUCAGCGUUUCCCCUGCGGCAAGUUCCUUCCCCUCCCGGAGAAUCAGGGAGACCGUUCAUGGUAUAUGUUCCCUUCUCCACCAGUGAUUUGUACAAUUGGAAACAGCAAAACCCAUCCUUCUCUGAUAAGCCCCAGAGCCUAAUCUCCCUCCUAGAGACUGUCUUUUAUACUCAUCAGCCCACCUGGGAUGACUGCCAGCAGCUCCUCCGGGUUCUUUUCACAACCGAGGAGCGUGACAGGAUUCUUUUAGAAGCCAGGAAGGGAGUUCUGGACCCAGAUGGACAUCCCUCUACUGACCCGGGGCGCCGCAACCACAUCUUCCCUGAGAACCGGCCCGACUGGGACCCCAACACUGAUCGCGGUAGGGAAGCACUGGACAGGUAUCGCCAGUUGUUGCUGGGAGGGUUACGGGCAGCAGCACGGAAGCCAACUAAUAUGUCCAAAGUCAGUGAGGUUAGACAGGGCAAGAACGAGUCCCCAGCUGCAUACUUAGAGCGCCUCUACGAGGCAUAUCGAACCUACACCCCUAUCGACCCAGAGGAUCCCAAUAACCGGAGAGCCAUCGUAAUUGAUUUCGUAGCCAAUUCAGCUCCGGACAUCCGUCGGAAGCUACAGAAACUUGAAGGUUUUGAGGGUAAAAAUCUGACUGAACUCAUGGAAGUGGCCAAGCGGGUGUUUGACUAUCGUGAAGAGACUCAAGACAAGCAAACUCGCACGGUCGCAAGGGCGGUAGUGGCAGCUUUAGCACAGGUUCCAGGGGAGACUCAGAAGCAAGGGUGGAAAGGAAGGCGGGAGGGGCCAAACGCUGGGCGCCCCUAUAAGGUCGACUCUGGAGCUGCGGCAUCGGUCCUGAAAUCCCCACUGGGCUCCCUCUCAUCAUCCACUGUGCAGGUCCAGGGAGCUACUGGACGAAAACAGUCUGUACCCCUCACCACUUCUCGGGAACUUCAGGCUAUCAUUUCCUUUAAGGGACCUAACCCCACUCUCGGGUUUAACCUGCCACAACUUGUUCUCACCUGCCCGUUGUCAGAGGAGUCUCGCCUCCUCCCCCUAACGUUUUCCCCAGACCGCCCCUCGACCACCUCCACCCCUACUUCCCUAACUCUGUUGAACCAUUUCAAAGGCUUGGUUCCUGGAGUCUGGGCUGAGACCAACCCGUUUGGUCUAGCAGGACACCAGCCCCCAGUGGUGGUCCAGCUCUCGUCCACAGCAACCCCUGCGCGUGUCCAACAAUACCCGUUGAUUCGAGCUGCCCUUUUGGGCAUCAAGCCUCACAUCGAUCGACUCUUGGCGGCAGGCAUUCUACGACCCUGCCAGAGCUCGUGAAACACCCCCCUACUUCCAGUUCACAAGCCCGGGUCUGGAGACUUCCGUCCUGUCCAGGAUCUACGAGAAGUCAACGCCCGGGUGGAAACUGUACAUCCUACUGUGCCAAACCCGUACACGUUGCUGUCUUCCCUGGACCCUGCUCGGACUUGGUAUACUGUUUUGGACCUGAAGGAUGCUUUCUUUUCCAUUCCCUUGGCACCAGUAAGCCAACCUAUAUUCGCUUUUACUUGGACAGAUCCUAACACUGGGACAUCCUCUCAGCUCACCUGGACCCGGCUUCCCCAAGGUUUUAAGAACUCCCCUACACUUUUUGGCUCAGCUCUGGCCUCCGACCUGGCCGCCUUCCGGGUCUUGUAUCCGGAGGUCACUCUCCUCCAGUAUGUUGAUGACCUUUUGUUAGCUACUUCCUCUGAGGCAAUAUGCAAAGAUGCAACUCUCCACCUUCUCCAGCUGCUUGAAGCUUCCGGGUACCGUAUCUCUGGAAAGAAAGCACAACUGUGCUCUCAAUCCGUUGUUUACUUGGGUUUCACCCUUCGUUCUGGUCAAAGGUUACUGUCUCGGGGGCGUGUAGCUGCCAUUUUGGGCAUGCCCGCCCCGAGGGACCGCCGCGGGCUCCGGGAAUUCCUGGGGAUGGCUGGAUACUGUCGCCUCUGGAUCUUGGGGUUUGCCGAGGUUGCCAAACCCCUAUAUGAGGCCCUAACUGGUGAACCCACCCAAUUUGUUUGAGGACCACGACAGCAGGAAGCAUUCGACAAGCUCCGAAAGGCGCUGUCCAGCACGCCUGCCCUCUCCCUGCCAGACCUGUCCAAGCCCUUCCGCCUCUAUGUGUCUGAGUCUCGAGCUGUGGCCAAAGGGGUUCUGACCCAGCCCCUGGGGCCCUGGAAUCGUCCUGUUGCCUAUCUCUCCAAGCAGCUGGACCCUGUGGCUUCCGGGUGGCCCUCUUGCCUGAGAACUGUGGCGGCCGUUGCCGUCUUGGUUAGGGAAGCCGCAAAG